ACUGUACAUGAUAUCUUUAUCUUCUGGUAGAUGCACAAUACUUGUACAUUAUUCGUCUUAUGCAGCACAACCUGGAACGCCAGACUUCAUACAGAGAUUGCAUUCAUACACAGCAUCAUGAUGGGAAACAGCAGAUGAGCACUGUGCUGUUUGUGAGGUGGGCUUUGCAUCUGAAUGCGGAGGCUUGAGGAGGUGGGAGCUCUGCUUCAGCUCGGAGUCGGAUUUCAGAGUUUGAGGGAGUCUGGACGAACUGAGACGGCUUUGUUCUCGUGGAGCUGCUGGGUCCCGGCGGGUGUUCAGGAGAGGAGUCUCUGUCGGCGCGAGCGCUGCAGCUUACACCGCGCGUCAUGGGGCGAGCGAGCGACUCAGCGCUGAGCAGAGUGUGGUGCUGGAGCUUCAUUACUGUGUGCAUCUGCUCUUCUGCCUCUGCCUUGCAGCACUUUGACUCAGAACGGGCCUCGAGCGCUCAGCUGGACCUCACCGAGCUCAUCGGCGUUCCUCUGCCUCCGUCUGUAACCUUUAUCACGGGCUUCGAGGGCUUCCCGGCGUACAGCUUCGGUCCGGACGCUAACGUGGGCCGCCUGACGCGCUCCUUCAUCCCCGACCCGUUCUACCGCAACUUCUCCAUCAUCGUGACGGCCAAACCCAGCUCUCGGCGCGGAGGAGUGCUGUUCGCCGUCACAGACGCGCUGCAGAAGAUCGUCCAUCUGGGAGUGUCUCUGGCGCCGGUGGAGGACGGGUCUCAGCAUGUGGUUCUGUACUACACCGAGCCCGGGUCCGUGCACACACAGGAGGCGGCUUCCUUCAAGAUGGGCGAUCUGACGGGCCGCUGGGCACGCUUCACACUGACCGUACAGGGAGAGGAGGUGAGGCUGUACAUGGACUGUGAGGAGCACCAUCGCGUGGCCUUCCGCAGGAGUCCAGACCCACUCACCUUCCAGCCCAGCUCCGGCAUCUUCAUAGGGAACGCCGGAGGAACCAGGCUGGAGCACUUUGUGGGCUCGAUCCAGCAGCUGUUGUUGACGGCGGAUCCCAGCUCUCCAAAUGAACAGUGUGAGGAGGACGAUCCUUACGCGUCUGGAUACGGCAGCGGUGACAGCAUCUACGAUGACACGGAGACACCAGACGAGGUCAAGAAAGUGCUUGAAGAGAGAGAAUAUACGAUGCCGGAGGAUAUAGAGUCCGGUCCGAUGAGAGCGCCACCUACUGAAUCUCCCUCGUUCUUCACUGAGACGGAUGAUGAGGACCUGGAGGAAGGCUCUGGAGAGGACAUCAUCAUCAUCAGCGGUCCGAAAGAGCCGAUCAGAUCAGAAGGAGCUUCACAGGACAGAAAUGUCAUUACCAUGCAGAAAGGAGAGAAAGGAGAGCGAGGUCCACCUCAGGUCAUAACCAUGCAGAAGGGAGAGAAAGGAGAGCGAGGGCCCCCGGGGCCUCCAGGACCCGCCGCUCCACACACACCAGGAGAGCCAGGGCCCCAGGGCCCGCAGGGGCCACCAGGACAAGACGGCCAGCCUGGUGAUCCAGCGAAAGAUGGAGCUCCGGGAGAGGCUGGACCUCCGGGAUUCCCGGGCCUUCCUGGAGAUCCGGGUCCCAAGGGUGACAAGGGUGAUCCUGGUGUGGGCAUCCCGGGGCCGCCUGGACCUCCCGGACCGCCAGGGACAUUCAAGUAUCCGGACGGCAUCGACGGCUCAGGAUCAAGCGAUCUGGAUUUGGACAGCGACACAGAGCUGAUACGGGGACCUCCAGGGCCACCGGGGCCACCGGGCCGUCCAGGACCUCCGGGCCCUUCUGUCGGAGCUCAGCCGGGGCCGAUCGGGCCUCCAGGAGCUCCUGGAAAAGACGGGGAGACGGGGAAGCCUGGACUCCCGGGUGAAAAUGGGCGAGACGGACAAACAGGCAAAGAAGGAGAGAAAGGACGGAAAGGUGAACCAGGUUUACCUGGAAUCAUGGGACCAAAGGGUGAUGCAGGCCAGCCGGGGCUCCCAGGACAGACGGGAUCUGAGGGCCCCAGGGGUCAGCCGGGCCCUCCGGGGCCUCCGGGAAAAGGCUUCAGUUUUGACAUGAUGGAUUUGGAGGGGUCGGGUCUGGAUGGAAGCAGUGGUUUCAGACCUGUUCUGCCCAGAGGACCACCUGGUCUUCCUGGGCUCCCAGGACCUCCAGGGCCACAGGGGAAAGAAGGAGCCGUCGGCCCUCCGGGUGUUUCAGUGAAGGGGGAGCCGGGCGCGAAAGGAGACGACGGACAGCCUGGGUCAUCUGGACUGCCUGGGCGACAAGGGGAAAGGGGGGAGAAAGGUGAUAUGGGUCAGAAGGGAGAGAGCGGUCUGGAUGGAAUCGGUUUACCUGGACCUCCGGGGCCUCCUGGACCAGUCAUCAACCUACAUGAGUUGAUGAUGAAUGACACUGAAGGAAUCUUUAACCUCUCAGGGAUUUUUGAACCACAAGGACCAUUGGGACCAAGGGGUCUGAAGGGUGAUACCGGGGCCCCGGGGGUUCAGGGGCCUCCAGGAUUAAUGGGUCAGAAAGGAGAGCCGGGGAUUGUGUCUGGAGUUCAUGCGCCGCAGGGAGCGAAAGGACUGAAGGGAGACUGUGGCGUUCCUGGAGCUCCAGGUCAAACGGGCCCCAUCGGACCCGCUGGACCAAAGGGCGAGUUUGGAUUUCCAGGACGUUCAGGUCGUCCAGGAAUUAACGGCCAUAAGGGUGAAAAAGGAGAUUCUGUCGGUUUACCUGGCCCGCCAGGGCCGCCGGGGCCUCCAGGACGAGCGGGAAUCUUCAGCUGUCCUAAUGGAACCGUGUUUCCAGUCCCUCCUCGACCCGGCUGCAAAAUACCCGUUAACAGUGAUUCUACACAAGAGGGCGCCAGCAGCUCAUCGUCUGGACAGGAGAGAGAUCUGCCAUCAUCAUCAUCAUCGUCCUCCUCCAGCGACACACUGGGAACCAAAGUCACGGCCGGUAAAGGUGACCAGGGUUUCAGAGGAGAGAAAGGAGAAGCUGGGAUGCCAGGGCUGCCGGGGAGAUCAGGUUCAGCACAGGGACCUAAAGGAGAAUCUGUUGUUGGACCCCCUGGUCAUCCAGGACCACGAGGACCCCCUGGUGCCCUGGGUUUCGGGAGAAGUGGCAUCGCUGGACCUCCUGGACUGCCAGGGCCUCCCGGACCUCCUGGACAACACGGAUCUGGCGUGAUGAUCCCUGGCCCUCCUGGACCCCCUGGGCCCCCGGGACGAGCCGCUGAGGCCUCCAGUGCCGUCAGGAAGUAUGUGAGUCUGCAGGCCAUGAGACAGCAGUCGUCUGUGCUCGAGGACGGGACGCUGUCUUUCGUUAUUGACACUAGUAAACUCUAUAUAAAGGUUCCAGGAGGCUGGAGAGAGGUUCAGCUCGGCGGGCUGAUUGAGAUGUAUUCGUCCCCCGUCCUCUCACAGGAUGAUGCUGAACCCCUUAUUCUGACCCCACAAAUCAGCCACACACCCAAAAUACACACCGGAAACGCACUGAGGUUGGUGGCUCUCAACACGCCGCUGACGGGAAACCUGGGCUCCAUCCACUCGGUUAAUAAACUGUGCAGGACUCAAGCUCAAGCCAUGGGCAUCAGAGACGACUACAAGGCCUUCCUCUCACACCACCUACAGGACCUGAUUGACACCGUGCAGCCCAUGUACCGAACAAACCCGCCGAUCGUCAACCUGAGGGGUGAGCUCCUGUUCAAGAACUGGGACAGCAUCUUCUCCAGUCCCCUCCUCCCCCCCGGCGUCCCGCUGUACUCCUUCGACGGGCGAGACGUGAUGAGCGACCCCUUCUGGCCUCAGAAGGCGGUGUGGCACGGCUCUUCAGAGAGAGGCAAGCGUCUGUCCGCUCUGAACUGUGAGUCGUGGAGAGCGGGUGACAUGGCCAUCACCGGUCAAGCGUCGUUCCUCUACAGCGGCUUACUGAACCAGCAAACACGCAGCUGCUCCAACCGCUUCAUCGUGCUGUGCAUCGAGACCAGCCACGACCAUCAAACCCUCCAGGAGCUCCACAAGGCACAGGAUCGCCACAGAAGAUGGUUCCACAGAUCCUGAAGCCCUCGGCGUCUGACGGAGGACCCAUCGAUCUCAGGCUGUGGCCACAUGAACUUUAACACAACCAAAGCCAUGGCUCUAGAAUGUAAAGUGUAUUGGCCGAUUCCCAGUGUUGGACUGCGGAGACUGUGCCGUCAUUUCUAUGCACUGUACUUUUCAUAUUGUAUUUUUUGUAUUUUCCAAAGAAAAGUCUUUUUUGAUCACGUCAUUUAUUUGUUUCUUAUUCUGUUUGUAU